ACCUGUUCCAGCCAUGGCGGGGGCCGCCCCGGCCACGGCCUUCGGACAGGCGGUGAUCGGGCCCCCGGGCUCGGGGAAAACCACGUACUGCCUGGGCAUGAGUGAGUUCCUGCGCGCGCUCGGCCGGCGCGUGGCCGUGGUGAACCUGGACCCAGCUAACGAAGGGCUGCCCUAUGAGUGUGCCGUGGACGUGGGCGAGCUGGUGGGGCUGGGCGACGUGAUGGACGCGCUGCGCCUGGGCCCCAACGGUGGCCUGCUCUACUGCAUGGAGUACCUGGAAGCCAACCUGGACUGGCUGCGCACCAAGCUCGAGCCCCUCCGAGGCCACUACUUUCUCUUCGACUGCCCCGGCCAGGUGGAGCUCUGCACGCACCAUGCCGCCCUGCGCAAUAUCUUCUCCCAGAUGGCACAGUGGGACCUCAGGCUGACUGCUGUCCAUCUUGUGGAUUCUCACUACUGCACAGACCCAGGCAAGUUCAUCUCAGUGCUGUGCACCUCCCUGGCCACCAUGCUGCAUGUGGAGCUGCCUCAUGUCAACCUCCUCUCCAAGAUGGACCUUAUCGAACACUAUGGGAAGCUGGCCUUCAACCUGGACUACUACACGGAAGUCCUGGACCUCUCCUACCUGCUUGAGCACCUGGCAUCUGACCCGUUCUUCAGUCACUAUCGUCAGCUCAAUGAGAAGCUGGUCCAGCUCGUCGAAGACUACAGCCUGGUCUCCUUUAUCCCUCUGAACAUCCAGGACAAGGACAGCAUCCAGCGAGUCCUACAGGCUGUGGAUAAAGCCAAUGGCUACUGUUUUGGGGUUCAGGAGCAGCGAAGCCUGGAGGCCAUGAUGUCCGCUGCCAUGGGAGCCGACUUUCAUUUCUCCUCGUAUCCUUAG